GAUGCGUAGUGUCAAAGUCACCUUUUGUCAACCAUUAACCCAUGUUACUGCAAGAAACGUGAAAGUGAAAGCACAAUGAAAUAUAUAGGGAGUGGGCAAGACACAUUACUUUCGCGCUUACUAACUAUUCGUGAAUCUAUAGGAUCAUCGGAGGAUCCCUAAAGUGAGGAUACAUUUGAUGUUUACGACCGUUGGAAAUCGAGACACCAUGCACUUAGGGAUGUGUCUGAGGGUGCUGAUACUGUCUGCUCUCACAGUUCCCAUCAGAGCAGCUCAACCUGCUCCGGAGACAUUCACCUUAACUGUCCCUGAUGGUCCAAUCUCGACCCUGUCUGGCUCCUCUGUCUCUCUACUCUGUCAAGUUUCACCUCUCUUCAAUGUGGAGCCAUUGGAGGUGCGCUGGUAUCAUUCCAGUAACUCCCACAGUCCUGCCUUGUUGUACAAAGAUCACAAGAUCCAGGAGGCCCCUGUGGACCCUCGGUACAGGGGCAGGGUGUCUCUAACUGGGGGGAUGGAGAGAGGGAACGUUUCCCUGACACUGGAGAGGGUCACGCUGGAAGACAGGGGGGAGUAUGUGUGCCAGGUCACCAGUAAACAGUGGUAUGAAAAGGCCAGUGUCUUCCUCACAGUGAAUGUAACAGGUAGUGAACCAGUUCUCUCUGUAGCUGAAGCAAGAGGAGGAGGAGAUCAGGUGAACGUUACCUGUUCAUCAGAGGGCUGGUCACCACAACCUAAACUCACCUGGAGAAACAAAGAGGGGACAGAGAUCAGAAAUGAACAAGAAGUGCUCAAAACUUCUGAUCCCCAGGGCUUGGUGAGUGUCAGUAGUUGGCUGCUGUAUGCUUCCUCAUACUCCAAUUGGCUCGCCUGUACAUUCUCUCUGUCUGAGGAGGCGAAGAGAGAGGGCAGAAUUCUGCCACAUAUAUACACAGCUCCUACAGCUGUACCUGGAGUCUACAAAGAGGCCUUCAUUGUGACUCUGAUCCUGUCUCUGGUCAUCAUAUGUGCUCUGUUCUCUGUCAUCCUGUGUAAACGAAGAGGGUCCAUGUGGUCUUCAUCCCAAAAGUCCAGAAACCAUUCCGAUCAAGCUGAGCUGGAACAGAGGGCGGCAGAGACAGAAAACCUAAUUGAAGGGGCAGAGAACACAGGGCAGACACCUACUGAACAGAGAGCAGCUGGAAAAGAAUUCAAUAAGGAAGAAAACACAGUGCAGAUACCUACUGAACAGAGUGCAGCUGGAAAAGAAGUUCAUCUGGAAGGGGCAGAAAACACAGUGCUGGCACCGACUGAACAGAGAGCAGCUGGUGAAGAACUUAAUCUGAAAGAUUGGCACCAGGUGAAAGGAUUCCAAGUUACCCCAGAGAACAUCAUUCUGGAUGAAAAGACUGUACACCCUGCUAUUAGAGUCAAUCAUGGAAAGCGGGCUUUUUACAUUCAAGAAAAAGAUACAGAGAAAGCCUCUAGAACGCAUCUCCAUGUGUUUUCUAAAGAGAGUUUCAGUUCAGGACAACACUAUUGGGAAGUGAAGGUAAAGGACGGAACAACAGAAAAACUGUCAUGGUAUGUUGGUGUGGCCAGAGACAAUGUUGAGAGAAGAUGCAAUGUUCCUUUAACUCCACAGAAUGGAUUUUGGAUUCUUUCUUAUGCUAAAGAAAAAUGUUUCCAAGCCAAUACCGACCCUCAACCACCAAUAACUGUGGCAGAGCUCACUCUUGUGGGAGUGUUUCUAGACUGUGACAGACACACUCUGUCUUUUUAUAAUGUUGAUACACAGUCACUUCUUUACACUUUUACUGAUGUGAAGACAUCCAACUACUUUCCUCUGCUCAGCCCGGGACGAUGUGACAAAUACACAAUAAGAAUAAUUUGAAUGCAUACCAAAACCCCUUUCACCCCAGUGAGCCAAGUCGACCUGUUCAGGGCUGGCCUAGUUAAGCAUCCAGUGUAGUUGCUGGAACUGUGCCGGAAAUGACAAUGUGAAAAUAAAAUAGAGCCAGCACAGUAUAGGUUGGGUCAGCACGAUAGUGUGAAAAGGGUCUGAGAUGCAGGUGAAAUUCAUGUCAAAUGAGACAUGCAUUAUACACAUUGUGUGUUAUUCAGUGAUACCAAGUUGUAAAUGUGUGUCUUUUUCCCCAAAAGUUUUCAGAUGCCUCAAGAAAAAGAGAGCACUAGUAAACGUGUAUUUCUGUAGGAAAUAAGUCCGCCAUGAUUCGUUGAACAAACCCUACUGGAAAAUGAAUGGAUUUUUUUGGUAGGGUAUUUGGAUAAAUGUUUAAACUAAGGUCUGUGGUAAACACAGGUUUAGGAGCUAAUCUUCGUUAGGUAAUGUCACUUAGAUUUUGUUUAAGCAUUUAUGUAAUCAGAAAAAGCACAUAAAUGCUUCAUUCAUAACGUUCCUAUUAAAUGACGGAUAUCAUCUCAGAUCAAAAUGUAUAACAUCUCCUAAGCCUGUGUUAACUAACAUCAGACGUUAUUUCCUGUGUUUAUCCCAGAACCCUAUUCUGUCACCCUAACAAUGGCUGAACGAACCAAAACUUACUCAUACCAUUUUUUUUAGGACUACAAGCUGGCGAGUUUUAUAAAAAUCAACCAAAGAUCUUUGAUUUUUUUUCUACCUGUAGCUAGAUUAUGAAUGUAUAUAUACUGUGAAGCUACUGUUGUACAAGUUAGCAAUAUAUUUUGCAUUCUUCAGUUCUGUUAAAAUGUUGUCCCAAUGAAUCAAUUACUGUAAUCUGUUGAUAAAGUUUCACUGUUGUGUUGUUGAAUGUUUGAAUGUACUGAACAAAAAUAUAAAAUGCAACCAUUUCAAACAUUUUACUUAGUUACAGUUCAUAUCAGGAAAUAAGUCAAUUGAAAUACAUUCAUUAGGCCCUAAUGUAUGGAUUUCACAUGACUGGAAUACAGAUAUGCAUCUGUUCGUCAGAUACCUUUAAAAAAGGUAGGGGCGUGGAUCAGAAAACCUGUCAGUAUCUGGUGUGACCACCAUUUGCCUCAUGCAGCGCGACACAUCUCUUCCCCUUAGAGUUGAUCAGGCUGUUGAUUGUGGCCUGUGGAAUGUUGUCCCACUCCUCUUCAACGGCAGUGCAAAGUUGCUGGAUAUUGGCAGGAACUGACUUCAACUUUCCUCAAAAUGCUUUGCUGCAAGAGGAUAAAGUGCCUUUUGAGAUCCGUUCAUUUUUUAAAACAUAUUUUUCAUUAUUCUCUGUUUUGUUUUUCCAUGUUCCCCAGUUUUUCACACUUUUUUAAUAGGAAAAAAACUAUUUGAUUUUCUGUGUUCCCAACAAUGCUUAAACCAUAUCAGGGGACCACUUUUGAGGUCUGCGAAAAAUCUAAGAAAUUUAGAUUGUUUAGUGUAGCUUUCCUUUCAUUUAAUUCCCCUUUAACACAUGCAUGCUCAGCUGAAGGCAAGAACAGCGCCUGCUUUCUUUUGAGGCUUUUUAAAUCAUAAUCACACACCUCAUUGUCACGCCCUGGCCAUAGUUAUCUUUGUUUUCUUUAUUAUUUUGGUUAGGUUAGGGUGUGACAUGGGGGAUUUAUGGGCCUUGACUUGUCUAGGGGUUUUGUAUGUUUAUG